CAGUGACAUCCACUGGUGUGAUAAGCCAAACUACAUUUGAGAUAACUUGCUUUUUAAUCAAGCAACACAACAAUGCUUCAAGAAAUUGGGAGUCUUCGCCUUCUCUCAAGCAGAUGCAAGAUAAUGUUGAAGACCUCCAGUGUUCCCUGAAUACUCAAAACACUGAGAAUAUCUACAAAACAACAAAAGUGGUGGAAGUUGGUGUGCUUGAAAAUGUCAGAUUAAAAGCAGUAUUAAAUAUUUCAGAGAACAUCGUCUGCCACUGGGUUUUUAAAGAGAUCCGGAAAAAAUGUAAUUCCUCUCUGGAUUUGGAGAACCGGCAUAUCAUUUCAGUGGAGUUCCCACAAAUCAAAGAAACCCAAGGGGGAAAUCACACACUGUUCAUUACAACUGAAACCAACAACUACACUAUAGUAUUUACAUUAAAUAUAAGAAGAAGCCCAGGAAAGCCAUAUUUUAUAAAACACGGUGAUGAAAGUGUGAGAUGCAUAUCAGAGGGACAUCCUACACCAGUUCUUGAAUGGCUCCCUUGCCAGGUUCCUGAUGACAAGUGCAGAUUUGUUUCUGGAGACCUGAUGAUAACUGAGAAAGCACAACUUCGCUUAAGAAAAGAGGACUUGUUAUUUGAACCGCAUGUAUGGUGCUGUGCAACUAAUAACUUGGGGAAAGUAUGCACAGAGCUUUAUACAAUAGAUCUGAGUGGAACAUCUGAAAGCCCUGUGCAGGAACUUUUUCUCAGAGUUGGAGACCCACUGUUCUUAAGAUGCAGAUCCAAAUAUAACACUUCUCAAUUUGGAAAUAAGUGGCAUUUUGGAAACGAGCAAUUAAAAAAGAAUAUGAUCCUAGAAGGAAGAUGGUUAUUGAGUUCAUCUUGGGUUAAGACUCUGUAUGCAUUUAUGUCAUCCGUGGAAGCCCAUAAUGAUGGUAAUUAUACUUGCUCUUCUAAAGAAAUUGCUGCCAAGAAAACUGCUGUAGUUAGAAUUUUAGAUAAAGGGUUUAUCAAUAUAACCAAUGCAAAGGAAAAUUUUGAAGUUGGCAUAGAAGAAGAUACUUGCCUUGAGGUUAAACUUAAAGCCUACCCACCAAUUAGAUGCAUUUGGAUAUUUUCCCAAAUAUCAUUUCCAUGUCAGCAAAAUUACACAGACACUUACAGUAUCUCUGCAAGUUUCUGUGACCAUAAACACCAACCAGGCGAAUAUUUGUUCUAUGCAGAAAAUAGUGAUGUGUUUGUAAAGAGGACAUUAAGACUCUAUGUGAAGAGCAAGCCUAAAGUAAAAAUGAGCUCAACAUUUAAUCAGUUAUCUUGCAUUGCUGAAAGCAAUCCUGCUCCAUUGUGGAUCUGGAAGGAAUGUUACAGAAAACAUAUCAAUUGCACUGAAAUCAAAGAUGGAAUUUCAAAUGAAAGACGUCAAGGAACAAUAUUUGGAUCCUGGAUCUCAAGCAGCACUUUAAAUACGAAGAAUAUACAAACUGGACAUUUCGUUGAAUGCUGUGCAAACAAUUUAGUUGGCUAUUCUUGUGAAUCUUAUUUUAUUGAACCAAAAGGUAAUGUUUUGCUGUAUGCAACAUUUGGAGUCUGUUUUCCAAUUAUUGUUGGGUUGUGCAUAAUAACUUGUCGAAACUAUAAAAAGCAAUUUAGAUAUGAAAGACAACUGCAUAUGAUACAAAUGGUUGGUCCUUCCGACAAUGAAUACAUCUACAUUAAUUUCAGUGAGUUGGAGUAUGAUGUCAAGUGGGAAUUUCCCAGAGAAAAUCUGAAAUUUGGGCAAGUACUGGGGUCUGGUGCCUUUGGGAAAGUCGUGAACGCUACUGCAUAUGGAAUUAGUGAAGCUGGAGCAUCCAUCCAAGUUGCCGUCAAAAUGCUUAAAGAAAAAUAUGACUCUUUGGAAAAAGAUGCUCUAAUGUCUGAACUCAAAAUGAUGAUUCAUAUUGGAAGUCAUGAAAACAUUGUAAAUCUGCUAGGAGCAUGCACCAAGUCAGGACCAGUUUACUUAAUUUUUGAAUAUUGUUGCUAUGGGGACCUCCUGAACUACUUACGAAGCAAAAGAGACACCUUUCACAAAACAUGGGCUGAAGUCUUCAGUCGCCACAAUUUCAGUUUUUACCACAAUUUUCGAGGACAGAUCAAUUCAAGGUCUUUGAUCAUAAGCUGCAGGAAGAAUGUGGCCAGACAGAAAUCAACCAAUCAGCAUUUUUCAUUUGUAGAUGAACUUAAAUAUGUGAACAGGAAACUAGAUGUUGAAGAAAGCCUCAAUAUACUGACUUUUGAAGAUCUUCUCUGCUUCUCAUAUCAAGUUGCCAGAGGAAUGGAGUUUCUGGAAUCAAAAUCAUGUGUUCACAGAGAUCUAGCAGCCAGGAAUAUACUAGUCACUUUUGGGAAAGUGGCCAAAAUAUGUGACUUUGGACUUGCCAGGGAUAUAAUGAAUGAUUCAAACUAUGUUGUCAGAGGAAACGCUCGUUUACCUGUCAAAUGGAUGUCCCCUGAAAGUUUGUUUGAAGGGAUAUACACAAUUAAAAGUGACGUCUGGUCUUAUGGAAUCUUACUCUGGGAAAUAUUCUCUCUUGGCAUCAAUCCUUACCCCGGAAUGCAAGUUAAUGAGAAGUUCUACAAGCUUAUUCAAAAUGGAUUUAAGAUGGACCGUCCGUUUUAUGCUACAGAAGAAAUAUACAUCCUACUGUGUUCCUGCUGGGCUUUGGACUCCAGAAAAAGACCAUCCUUUUCGCAGCUGCUUUCCCUUCUGGCAUGCCAAUUGGCUGAGGCAGAAGGAGCAGCAUGCCAGACAGAUCAUACCGAUACCUCUAAGCACACUUCCAGUUUCAAGUGCAACCCAGAUAUGAGGAGAGAAGCGGAGUUCACUAUUCCUCUGUUGGAUGAAGAUACGGCAAGGGAAAAAUAA